GAAAGAUUGCUUUUCCUGUAUUUAAGCGCGCCAACAAAGACUUCGCCACAGGACUUGAAUCCGUGUCCUAUAUUUGACACGGCUUGCGGCUUUUUUUUUUGUUUGUUUUUUUCUAUCCGUGUCGUCCUUCCGAGCGUCGGAAAGAUGCCUGAGGAAACGUCCGUCGCGUCCAACUCUGGGAGCAGCUUGGACGAGAAGCCCUGCUCGUCGUCGUCAGCAGCUGCGACAGACAGUUCUGUGGACGUCAUGGAGGAGGCAAAGAAGCUCAUCGGCACUGGGAACAGACAUCUCGUGAUGGGCGACGUCGUCUCUGCAGUCGGUGUCUUCCAGGACGCAUGCAGCAUGUUAGCUGCCAGGUAUGGAGAUACUGCAGAUGAGUGUGGCGAGGCAUUUUUUCUAUGUGGGAAGUCUCUUCUUGAGCUUGCCAGGAUGGAGAAUGCUGUCCUUGGCAAUGCCCUUGACGGAGUCCCUGAAGAAUCUGAAGAGGAGGAGCAGCCUUGUAACUCAAAUAUUGAAAGUGCCAAUAACCUUGAUGAAAAUAUUCACGAUGAGCUACGAAAGCAGGUGUAUGAUGCCAUGGCAGCGAAACCUGAGGCGGUAGAACCCAAACAGCAGUCAGAGGAUGGUCAGAGCAGCAUUGAGGUGAAGCCGGAAGGUGGUGUUGCAGAGUCUCCAACCAAGCCAGCUAAGGGUGACUUUGGAAACUACUCGACUUCACAAUUAAAUGGAGUGGAGAAGAGUCUGGCUGUGGAAGUGCAUUUGAAUGGUGCUGAGGAAAGCCUUUCAGACUCUCCUGGCAAAGACCCUGUGGUAAAGACUGAGAGUGAUGAAGAAAGUGGCAACUCCAAACCUGAGGAAGAAGCUGAGGAUGAUGAUGGUGGUGAUGAUGAUGAUGAUGACGAUGAUGUUGGCAAUUUGCAACUGGCUUGGGAAAUGUUAGAAGUGGCAAAGGUCAUCUAUAAGAGAAAGGAAGGCAAAGAAGACCAGCUCAUGGCAGCCCAGGCUUUCUUGAAGCUAGGAGAAGUUGGUGCAGAAACUGGCAACUAUCCUCAGGCACUAGAAGACUUCCAGGAGUGUUUGACCCUGCAGCUCAAGCACCUUCCUCCACACAAUCGUCUGCUGGCUGAAACUCAUUACCAUGUUGCCACAACGCUGUGCUACAUGGAUCAGUACAGCCAAGCCAUCCAGCACUACAACAGCUCCAUAAAAGUGAUUGAAACCCGUCUGGCCAUGUUGCAGGACUUGAUUGACUCUGCAGAGGGCACCGAAGGGGUGACUGAGGCGACAACUGAGCUGGAAGAACUGAAACAGCUUCUGCCUGAGAUUCGAGAAAAAAUAGAAGAUGCUGAAGAGACCCAGAAAACAGCCAGUGCUGCCUCCCAGGCCAUCAAACAGGCACUCAGUGGUGAGUCAACCUCGUCAGCAUCCCUAAGUGAAAAUGGGUCACCUUCUGCUCCCCCCACAGAGGUCCUGUCUAAAUCAACUGGUGGGAUGUCUUCCAAGGUGGCCUCAGACAUCUCUCACCUAGUCAGGAAAAAGCGGAAACCAGAAGAGAACAGCCCAGUAAAGGACACUGAUGCUAAGCAGGCCAAACAGGAAGCUACGGUUAAUGGCAGUGGAAACUCUAGUACCAACAAUGGAGUUGAGGAGCAAAAUACACAGGAGCCCCCUGUCCAGUCAGCCUCUGCCCAAUCUUCAACGUGAGGAGUUGAUCGUUCAAGACCGGCAUGCUUACCCAACUGGGUUAUUCAAGCACUUGUAAAUAAGAUCCAUUUUCAUAGAUUUGUCUGUCCAGUUUUGUAUACUUGCAAUAAAACGUUUUGCAAUUGCA